CCUGCCCAGACUGUCCCAAACAUUCCAUGCUUCACAUUCCCAAACAGUCUGUGGACAACAGUGCCAGCACCUCCCACCUGCAAGUGAGCAGCUGUCCCCAGAGAUACGGGGUACCCCUGGCCGUCUCCUCUCACCAGGGCGGCUGCCCAUCAUCUCCAGGAAUAAACUCCAGCUAGUCGCUGCGUGGAUCUGAAUCAUCUGAGAGGUUCCAAAGGAGGGGAGUGACUACCCAGGACGCACAAGCAAGCUAUAUAAGUUUCCAAGGGUUGGGCUCCACGCAGAUCUUUUCCUGAGGCUACUGCCUGCCAGAGAGUUACCAAAGGAGAGCUUGCUUGGCAUCUACCAUGUCUGAGGUUGGCACUCCUGAAGCCCCUGUCAAGAAGAAGCGUCCCCCUGUGAAGGAAGAAGACCUGAAGGGGGCCCGAGGGAACCUGGCCAAGAACCAGGAGAUCAAGUCUAAGACAUACCAGGUCAUGCGGGACUAUGAGCAAGCUGGCUCAGCUGCCCCAUCUGUAUUCAGCCGCAACCGCACAGGCACUGAGACAGUCUUUGAGAAGCCCAAAGAGGGACCUGCUAAGAGCGUCUUUGGCUGAGAAGUGCGCAUUGCACCACACACCUGGACACAGGACCCUUCCCACAAACUCUUUUUUUUUUUUUAAAUGCUGGAAGACGCCUUUCUUCUGCUGCUUCUGGAACUAUCAUGACUCUCACAACCCUAGCUCUUGGAAACACCAAUAAAGAGUAUGCCCAGUGCCUCCAA